AUGGCCUUUAACUCUUCUUUCCUCAUUCUUUUUCUCAUUCCUUUCAUUCUUUCUUGUGUUCUCCCUUUUCUCUUUUAUUUCAUAUCUCUUUUUCAUCUGAUUCUUCUUUUAUCUUUUUCUUUUCUUUCUUCGUUUCCUUUUUCAUCCGUUUUCUUUCUUUCCUUUUUCGUCCUUUUCUUAUCCUUUUUCUUUCUUAAACUGUUUUUUUCUUUUUUUCAUUUUUUUCUUUCACUUCUCAUUCUUUUUCUUCCUUCAGCUUUCUUUCUUUAUUCGUUAUUUUCUUUUCCCUUCUUCAUUUGUUCUUUUUCUUUUCUAUUUGAUUCUUCUUUCUGCUUUCCUUCUUUAUCUUCUCAUUCUUUCUUCAUCUUUCUUUACUUCUUUAUCUUCUCAUUAAAUUGCUCUUUCUUUCAUUUCUUUCUUUCUUCAUACGUUAUUCUUUUUUCCUUCUCCAUUUUCUUUCUUUUUUCUUCACUUCUGUUUCAUUCUUCUUUUCUUCUUCCUUCUUUAUUUUCUCCUUUCUUUAUCUCCUCAUUCUUUUUCUUCCUUUUAUCUUUCUUUCUUUACUUAUUUCUUUCUCUUCUGAUUCGCUUUCUUCCUUAUUCCCUCAUCUCCUUUCUUUUCUUUCUUCAUUAA